AUGAUGCUAAGUGGAGACCUCAUAGCAUCAUCAUCAUCAUCAUCAUCAUCGUUUGUUGGUCGGCCAUCAACGUUUGAAAAGGUACCAAUACCAUCAAAAGACAAUGAUGAUAUGCUAGAAGAACCAACUACAACGGAUGACACGGAAGAUGCAUCAAAAUUUGAUUUGAAUUAUUGGCGAAAACGUCGCUCAUUUCUUGAUCCAGAUAAUCCGAUAAUGAAUCGCCGACGAUUGAGUCAAGCAUGUCGCGAUCGUCUCGUUCGGACCCCAACCAUUAUUGCUAUGGCUGGAUUACCAGCUAGAGGCAAAACGUAUAUUUCACGUAAGUUGGCUCGUUAUUUACAAUGGAUCGGAAUAAAAACAAAAGUCUUCAAUGUUGGAGAAUAUCGUCGUGCUGUUAAGUCUCAUGCCGAUAAAAACUUCUUUGAUCCCGAUAAUGCUGAAGCUAUGGCUGUACUAAAUCAAUGUGCACAAAAAGCACUCGAAGAUGCAUGCAAUUUUCUUGCCGAUGAAGGUGAAGUUGCUAUUUUUGAUGCAACCAAUAUAACACGUGAACGACGUAGAGCUAUUCAUGAUUUUUGUACACAAACCUAUUGUUUUCGAGUAUUUUUUGUUGAGUCUAUUUGUGAUUCAUCAGAAAUAAUUGAAGCAAAUAUUAAAGAAGUCAAAUUAAAAAGUCCUGAUUAUAAAGAUGUUGCACAAGAAGAAGCUGUAGCAGAUUUUCUUUUACGAAUUGAACAAUAUGAAAAACGUUAUCAACCGAUUGAUGAUAAAACUGACGAGAAACUUUUUUCAUUUAUUAAAAUUUUCAAUUGUGGUGAACGGUUUCUUGUUCAUAAAAUUGGAGGUCAUAUUCAAAGUCGUGUCGUUUAUUUUCUUAUGAAUAUUCAUGUAACGCCCAGAACAAUCUAUUUAACACGACAUGGUGAAUCCGAAUUGAAUGUUCAACAACGUAUUGGUGGCGAUCCACCAUUAUCAAUUAAUGGAAAAGCGUAUGCCGAUGCACUUGCCAACUAUGUAGCUCAUGAAAAUAUUCCCGAUUUAAUUGUUUGGACAAGUCAAAUGCAAAGAACUAUUCAAUCAGCAGCUAAAAUUAAUGCGCCAAAAGAACAAUGGAAAGCUUUGAAUGAAAUUAAUGCGGGUAUUUGUGAGGGUUUAACAUAUGUAGAAAUAGCAACUCGCUAUCCAGAAGAAUUUUCUGCUCGCGAUCAAGCUAAAUAUCAUUAUCGUUAUCCUGGUGGAGAGUCUUAUCAAGAUCUUGUUGCACGUUUGGAACCAGUCAUAAUGGAAUUAGAACGUGCUGAAAAUGUUCUUGUGGUUUGUCAUCAGGCUGUUGCACGUUGUAUUCUUGCUUAUUUUCUAAAUAAAGAUGCCGACGAUCUUCCCUACACAAAAGUACCAUUGCAUACAGUAAUUAAAUUAACACCUAUGGCUUACGGUUGUUUAAUGGAAUGUAUACCAUUGGGAACUGAAGCUGUAAAUACACAUCGUGAAAAACCCAAGAAUUGUCGACCUGAUCGAACAGUAUCUGAAGCAUUAAAUGAAUUUCUGGAAGAACCAAUUGAUACAAAUAAAGUUCGAACGAAAAGUGAAAUAGUUUAUAAAAGUGGUGGAACAAAAAUCGAAACGAUUGAUAUUGAUGGAAAUCGAGUUUCCGAUUAUGCUACUGAAAGUGAUACAGGCUUCAUGUAA